CUGCUUUUUUCACUCUUCUGACGUCAGCAACCUGCAAUUGCACGAAUGAACUAACGUGAGACCGAGCCCCUACCGGAGCUACCGGGAGGCAGUAGCGUUACAGAGCGAGUAUCCCGCCGCCCGCCUCGGAGGAGCCAAACGGAGGAGGAAAAAAAAUAAAAAAAAGAAACUGAGAAACUGGGAACCAAACGAUGCGAGCGCUGCGCACCGCCGCCCAGUAACGCACACAGCAAGCGGAGAAUAAGAAACCCGUUACCGUGAUUUACCGACAGAAACACCGAAGAGAUCACGGAGGACGCACGGACGGACGCACCGCCACCGAGCUUGAGAAACAAACAUCUGCGGUGGCUUCCUUGUAUUUGCGGAUCAGAAAAACCCGAGCGGAUCCUUGAUUUAAAUGCUUUAACGGCGCCGUACCCCCGGAGAGAGGGAGCUGCCCAGAGAGAGAGAGAGAGGGAUCAGCGCAGGGGAGGAGGAAAUUAACCCACAGAGGAGGAUUUGCAACCAACUUUCAUUGAAUCCACCUUUUUAUUGCCCUUUUUUUUCUUCCGUGGAUCCCGGUUUCGGUAACGCUAUCAAGCUGUGUUCUCUAACCAUGGGAUGUACUCUGAGCGCAGAGGAGAGGGCGGCUCUGGACCGGAGCAAAGCCAUCGAGAAAAACCUCAAGGAGGACGGUCUCACCGCGGCCAAAGAUGUGAAACUGCUGCUGCUCGGGGCUGGAGAGUCAGGGAAAAGCACCAUCGUCAAACAGAUGAAGAUCAUCCACGAGGACGGUUUUUCUGGCGAUGACGUAAAGCAGUACAAGCCUGUCGUUUACAGCAACACCAUCCAAUCUCUGGCUGCCAUCGUCCGUGCCAUGGAUACACUGGGCCUGGAGUACGGAGACAAAGAACGGAAGGCGGACGCUAAGAUGGUGUGUGAUGUGGUCAGUCGUAUGGAGGACACGGAGCCUUACUCGGCCGAGCUGCUGUCCGCCAUGAUGCGCCUGUGGUCCGACUCAGGCAUCCAGGAGUGUUUCAGCCGCGCCCGCGAGUACCAGCUCAACGACUCAGCGCAGUACUACCUAGACAGCCUAGAUCGGAUUGGUGCGGCAGACUACCAGCCCACAGAGCAGGACAUCCUGAGGACCCGAGUGAAAACCACAGGCAUCGUCGAGACGCACUUUACCUUCAAAAACCUCCACUUCAGGCUGUUCGAUGUGGGAGGUCAGCGGUCGGAGAGGAAGAAGUGGAUCCACUGUUUUGAGGAUGUCACGGCUAUCAUUUUCUGUGUGGCGCUCAGCGGAUACGACCAGGUGCUGCAUGAGGACGAGACCACGAAUCGCAUGCACGAGUCUCUCAAGCUGUUUGAUUCCAUCUGUAACAACAAGUGGUUUAAGGACACGUCCAUAAUCCUCUUUCUGAACAAGAAGGACCUCUUUGAAAGAAAGAUCGUCAAGUCACCACUGUCCAUCUGCUUCCCUGAGUACACAGGUCCAGACACUUAUCUGGAGGGAAUCGACUACAUCAAGGGUCAGUACGAGAGCAAGAACAAGUCACCCAGCAAAGAGGUGUACUCCCAUGUGACCUGCGCCACAGACACCAACAACAUCCAGUUUGUCUUUGAUGCCGUCACUGAUGUCAUCAUAGCGAAUAACUUGCGAGGGUGUGGUCUGUACUGAUGAUUGUGUUGAUGGAUGGAUGGAUGUUUGACUUGUGUUAACCUUUGCGGUACCAGUUGCGUCAACGUGGCCCGUGUCAGUUAGGACCAUACCGCGUCACCGUGAGGCUGGCCACUGGUCCAUCCUGAUUCUUAACUAAUGAACUGAUUGGCUGAGUGGUUGAUUUGUUGGUUGAGACUUUUUUUAAUGUAUUUUUUUCUGCUUCUUCCUAAAGAAGAACCAAAUCCCAGAUACUUUGUGGCUUUAGUCGAAACUCUGAAACUUUUUUGUACUUAAAGUUGUGCCGAAGAACUAGAUAGAUUGCCGCGUAACUGCAGGGCACCAGCACUCCACAAAAAUAGUAUGAUAGGAAUCACUCCUUUACCCCAAAGUAUUUCUAAUCGUUUUAAUUGAAAUAUGAGUUUUCACUCUUUUUUGCCUUCGACUUGUGCCUUAGACACAUGUAUGUUGUUUGAGUACAUGUUCAGUUCACUCUCAGUUUACAUAAGACGGAUGUUCUCAAGAUUUUAUAAUGUGCAUGAGAUAUUAAACUGUUUAUAGGAUUAUGACCAACUGCUUAAUCAUCCGCAGAAAAAAUGCAGUUAUAAAUAUAUAUAUAUUUGCAGCAAAAUUGCUUUUGUGCACUACUCUCUUGUUAUUUUAUAUGUUGCAUAAUUUGUUUUAUUUCGUUUUCUUACGGCAGUCCUUUUCUGUUAUACGUGGAGCACCGCAGAGUGUCUGAGUGCUUUGUUGCACCAAGCUGUGCUCUGUUAACUAUUGAGCUCCAAAACAGUCAGCACUUAAUGAGAAGAACAUAAUGACUAAGUCAUCACAUGCAUAAAUACACCAGAAAAGAUAAAGCAAUCGUUGUGAAACUCUGCGAUAAAAUCUAACUAAUUACUAUAAGGUAUAUGUUCCAUUUACAGUAGUAUUUUUUUAAUAAUUGUGUAGCAGUUGUUGAGCCUGCAAAGACGCUUGGCCCAUGGCGGGAGAGAGGUCGCUGAAAUACAAAUAUAUCUUUAGAAAAGUGAAAUUUCAAGAUAAAAAUUAUGAAAUAGAAUUAUUUUUUUAACCCCUACAGAAAGACAUGACUGGCCACAACAUACCACCUUGAGAACGUCACUUAGACCCAAGUCUUCCACUAUAUCGACUGGUCUGCAGUCAGAGUCCACCUGUUUAGCAGCACCGUCGUUAACUUCUUUGAUUUAGUUUCAUCCAGUCUUUUGCCGUCGUUGACGAUGCAGCUGCCCGCUGACAUCAGUCUGAUUAGCUGCACCUGCGACUUCAAGACUGCUUAGGGACCCCAGUAUGCAGAAAUUUCAAAUACAGCAGGACAAAAUAAGACAUUUAUGCUGCAUGCCAAAAAAAAAACUAAUGGUUUUUGCCCAAAACUUUGUGGGAAUAUAUAAAGUGGGCGUGUCUGUAAUGGGGAGACUCAUGGGUACCCACAGAACCCAUUUUCAUUCAGAUAUUUAGAGGUCAGAGGUCAGCUUUGGUGCGUAAUUAAGCCCCCUUCACUAGAAGCUAGUAUGACAUGGUUGGUACCACUGGAUUCCUCAGGUCUUCAUAUGAUAUCAUCAUCAUCACUCUAGCUUUAAAACUCGAACCUGUACAGCCCCUCAAAGACAGGAAUGUCAGCCAGGAUGGCCGCCAUUAAGCGGUUAUGUGAUUGACGCGUGAACACUUACAGCCCUGAUUAACUUAUAUUAGUGAUUGGUUCUGUUUCGCCAUAAUUCAGAUUUCUUUUUCCUCUCCUGCGGUCAUAUCUUACUUAAACAAUGCUACACUGCGUCCAGAUCAACAGUGUUACCGCUCUCUUUCAUCCGUAUCCACGAGCUUUCAGGAAACGUUCAUAAAUACCAUAGAAAUGUGCGCAGAGUACAGACAGAAGUCUUGUUAUGUAAUGUUGAGCAUAAAUGAGCUCUUAGUGUUUUGGCCUUGGAUGCAUUUCAUUUUGUAGUAAAUUUGUUUUUGGUCCCUUUAGAAUACUGUGAUUGAAAUUGUACUUUUGAUCAAAGUUGCUAAAUGUAAGCAGUACAAUUUCUUUUUUACUUUUUACUUAAAUGUAUGGUUUAAAUUUGAAUUUAUAGCGAGGAGGUUGCUGGUUUUUUUUAACAGCCAUUGCACUUCAUCCCUGUCGAUGUCACCUCUGGUUAUAUUUUGGGAUUGAUAUUCCUGGCUCUCAUAUUGCAGCUAUAAAAUCACUUUAAAUGAAGAACUACAAGACUUAGUGCUCUGACUCAAGCAGACUGUUCCCAGAUACUUCUUCAGAGAGAGCAUUGAUUUUAUAGGGCCCUGGGGCCACAUCCAGUGCAGGGCUGCACACUGUAAUAUCCCUUCUGUCCCCUUCUCUGCCUUAAUAAGCCAGAGGUGAGCUCUGAACAAUUGUGUGCUGGUGAGUACAUACAGUCCUCCGAGACUUCAAUGUCAACCUUGUGACCAUUGUUUUAGCCCCGAUGUUUCACUUUCUGCCGAGCAAGUUUCAUUUCUGCUGGAUGCUCGUCGUCCCAGAGCUGCUGUGUCGAUUGUGUGGUGUAAUGUUGUGCACAGCUUAGCUAAAAUGAAAAGUGUUGUAUGCACUUUGUGGGAACUGUUAAGAUUUGAGCCUUGACAUUAAAGUCAAAGGCUGGAUUUAUACCACAAGCUUCAAGUGACCCAGUUCUAAAUUCUUCCUGUCAUGUGGCACAGAUCACACACGUGGCAUAAACGUGCAAGCAGGGAAAAGGACAUGAAAUCAGAAAUUCUCAGUUUGGUUUCAGGCCUCAAUCAAAUGUGGAAAAAAAUCUGACAUGAUUCAAGUGUCUGUAAAUGAGUGUGUAGUCUAAGCAGCCAGGUCAGAUAUCUCCUGGCAUUGCGAGUCGUAUGUAAUUAAAAGGUGCAUUUUAAUGAAAACAGAAAAAAGAACAAUGGAGGACGAGUGCUCAAGCCGGUGGUCAAAAGCAGAGGUUACCUGUUUUUUUAUGUCUUUGGGGCAAAGAAACUUUUAGGGCGAAAAAUAAAGGGCUUGUAUAAGAACAAACAUGUUUAAAAGGACAUUUCAAUUUUCGUCUAUGCGCGUAUGUAGUUUUAAGCGUAAGCAAAGUUUAAGCAGGUGUAAAUGCUGAUAUCAGAUUUAAUCACUUUAACCCUUUAAGACCUUAGCAAAUUGCUUUGAUUUCUUUCAAAAACAUGGGGGGAAAAGGCGAUGACCAA